CUGAGAGUGUAAGAUGAGACGGAGUAGGUGGGCCUCACCCAGGAGGGGAGGGCGCCCAGAAACUUCCUGCGGCUCUCUGCUCCACAGCGUACCGCAGCCUGCGAAACAAGGUCGGCCUGGAGCGGGUGGCAGCCUGCCUGGGGGCGGGAGACCCUCCCCGGGGCUGGGCGGAGGCCUUUAAGCGCCUCGCCAUAUUGAGCAGCCACGCUGAGACGCCUUUGUUUGUAGAGUCCUCCCGCUAACUUUCUGCUACACUCGGAGUGUCCGGGCCUAGGGAGAAGCGAUCCGAGCCCGUGCGUCCCCAGCUUGGAGCCGGGACACUGGCGUUUCCCGUGUGAACCCAGCUUUUAGCCUCGGGAUUGACCGCGCCUCAGUUCACGUAAGCAUCCUGGAAAAUCGCUCACUACAACUCGGACGGAGUGAGGGAAAAUCCAACUUGGAUUUGUCGCCUGCGGAGAAAAUUGCAGGGAGGUGACACUCUGCAUGAGCAGAGUUGCUAGGACUCUCCCCUGCCCCCUCCCUAAGACUAGAAGCUAAGUUUUUUGUUUGGGCUUCGUGCCCCCCACCCCAGAAUCCACUCUGGAGAUCUUAAAGACUCUCGAGAAAAGCCACGUGGGGGGCUGGUUCCCCUGGGGCUUCCUCCCCUCUCCCGAUUGCCUGAUCCUCUGGAGCGUCCCUGAUGUCUGCAAAGAUGUCGAUCUGGACGUGUUAGUGGAGGCCUUAAGGCCUGUGGGCACCUUUAAGAAGAUUGGGAAGGUGUUCCGUAAAGAGGAGGACUCCACGGUGGGAAUGCUGCAGAUUGGGGAGGAUGUUGACUAUCUGCUCAUCCCCCGGGAGGUCCGGCUGGCUGGGGGCGUGUGGAGAGUCAUCUCCAAGCCCGCCACCAAGGAAGCUGAAUUUCGGGAGCGCCUGAUUCAGUUUCUGCAGGAGGAGGGCCGCACCCUGGAAGACGUGGCCCGAAUCAUCGAAAAGAGUACUCCACACCCACCCCAGCCCCCCAAAAAAGCCAAAGAACGCCGAGUGAGGAGAGUCCCACAGAUGGUCACUCCUCCACUUCGGCUGGUCGUAGGCACCUAUGACAGCAGCAACGCCAGUGACAGCGAGUUGAGUGACUUCGAGACCUCCAAAACCAAAGGCAAUAGGGGCUCCCAGAGGACCAGAAAGGUGCGCAAAAUGCCAGUCAGUUACUUGGGCAGCAAAUUCCUGGGCAGCGAUGUGGAGAGCGAGGACGAUCAGGAGUUGGUAGAAGCCUUCCUCCGCCGCGGGGAGAAGAAGCCCAGCGCUCCUCCUCCACGUCGCCGAGGCAAUCUGCCAGUGCCCAUGUUUGAGGACAACCUGGGACCCCGGCCGUCCAAGGCCGACAGAUGGCGAGGGUAUGUCAGCCAGGUGUCCUGGGGGAAGCUGAAACAGAGGGUGAAGGGCUGGGCACCCAGAUCAGGCUCGGACAUGGUCGAGACCCAGCAGGCCUCCAUCGCAGCUGAGAGGGCUGGAGAAUUGAGACGUAGCCAUACCAGUCGGGACGAUAGCUCCAGAAACACAGGAGACCGGAGCGACCAGACACCGGGUACCAGACGCUGGAAGCCCAAGAUCAAGUGGGUCUCCUUGAGGCGGUGCAGGAAGGAACAGGCGCCACUCGCGGCUCAGGGGACAGACUUGCCAGCUGAGGGGCCCCCAGAGGCUGCAGAGAACCAGAGGGUAGAUGUUCCAGCUGAACGUGGAGUAGAGGCUGCACCUAAUCCGAGAGCAGAGGGGGCAGCUAACCCGAGAGCAGAGGCUGCAGCUAACCCGAGAGCAGAGGCUGCAGCUAACCCAAGGGCAGAGGCUGCACUUAACCCAAGACCAGAGGCUGCUGCUAAUCCAAGGGCAGGGGCUGCACCUGAAGAGAGGGCAGAGGCUGCAGCUAACCCGAAGGUAGAGGCUGCAGCUAAUUCAAGGGCAGAGGCUGCAGCUAACCCAAAGGUAGAGGCUGCAGCUAACCCAAAGGUAGAGGCUGCAGCUAAUUCAAGGGCAGAGGCUGCAGCUAAACCGAAGGUAGAGGCUGCAGGUAAUCCGAGGGCAGCGGCUGCAGGUAAUCCGAGGGCAGAGGCUGCAGCUAAUCCGAGGACAGAGGCUGCAGCUGAUCUGAGGGCAGAGGCUGCAGCUAAUCCGAGGACAGAGGCUGCAGCUGAUCUGAGGGCAGAGGCUGCAGCUGAUCUGAGGGCAGAGGCUGCAGCUGAUCUGAGGGCAGAGGCUGCAGCUAAUCUGAGGGCAGAGGCUGCAGCUAAUCAGAGGACAGAAGUCAUAGGUAGUCAGAGGGCAGAGCGCCCAAUUAACCAAGAGACUGGAGGUGCAGAAAGUGAGAGGGUGGAGGCCCCAGCUGACCAGAGGGCAGGAGUCCUCCACGACCAGAGGGAGGAGGCUGGACCUCAGGCUAUAGCGCAAGCCUCAGCUAGCUCUGUUACCCUAGGGACAGCCCCGGGAUCUAGGGCCCGGAAACAGGUAAAGACAGUGAGGUUCCAGACCCCAGGACGGUUCUCAUGGCUUCACAAGCGCAGGAGGGCCUUCUGGCACACUCCCCGGUUGCCAGUCCUGCCCAAGAGAGUCCCCAGGGUAGGUGAGGCUAGGAGCCUCAGGGUGCUGAGGGCUGAGGCUAGAGCAGAAGUGGAACACAGACAGCAAGAGGAACAGCUGUGAGAGGUGUCCAGGGCCCCUGCACCCUGCCCUGUGCUGGCCGCUAAGGUGCCUUGUAGGCUCCUUCUACCUCCAUGUUUGAAAAUGGAGGCUGCUGAGGCAGGCAGCACCUCCUAUGCCUUUACCAGCAUUACUUUUCUCCUCCCUCCUCCCCCCCCCUCCUCUUUUUGAGACAGUCUUGUUGUGCAGCCCUGCGGGUCUGGCAUGCUGUACAUAAUUGGUCUCAAACCCACAGCAGCCCCUGUCUGAGUAUCCUGUGCCCUAGGAUUGCAGGUGUGUUCCACUACAUCUGGCUCCCGUGACCUCUUUUGUUUUUGUUUUGUUUGAGACAGGGUGGCUGACCUGGAAUGCACUGUGUCUUAGGCUGACCUCGAACUCAGAGAGAUCCACCUGCCUCUGCUAGAACCAAAGGCACAUGCCACCACCAAACCUGCCUUCCUGUGGCCCUCUUAUGAUCUUGUUUUUUUCUGAUAAAAUCAUUUGUUUUUAGGGGGUUUCUGAUAAAAUCAUUUGUUUUUAGGGGGACAUAGCUGUAGACACACUUGACUUUUUUAAUACAUUGAUUUUUUUUUAAAAAAUAUACUGAAUAUAGCAUCUCAGAGAAUGUAAGGAAAGAAGCCCACGAGCGUGCUUGCCUGGACGGUGCUAUAACGUCUCGCUGUGUGUCUUAAGUGUGCACAGCCUGGCAAUGGGAAAUGGGCAGAGGAGGGGUUAUUCUGUCCUAUGUCUUCUGUCUACAACUAGCUUUGAUGGACGGCCCCUUUUGCACUUAAAGAGAGGGCUCAAGCUGAUAUGCAAAUAAAAGUGUUUACAACAGU